CCGCCCACACCCGACCCUUGCCCUGUCCUCAGGAGCGGUUCCAUGGCGGUGGCCACGGCGCUACGUUCCCUGGGUGCGGUGGCCCUGGGCACCUUCGUGGUGGCCCUGCUGCUGCGGUGGCUCUGGGAUGCGCUGGUGGCUGUCACCCGAUUCCGGGCCACUUGUCGCCAGCUGAACAAGUUCCCCAUCCCGCCCUGGCGCAAUUGGUUGCUGGGACACACCGGCAUGGGCCAGAGCACGGAGGAAGGCCUACAGCAGGUGGACACCUUGGUGGCCCAGUACCGUCAUGGCUGCCUCUGGUGGGGACUUCCCUGGCUGCCUGUGCUGCGCCUCUUCCACCCCAGCACCCUCCGGCCACUCCUCAGUGCCUCAGCUUUCGUGGCCCCCAAGGACAAAAUUUUCUACGGCUUCCUCAAGCCCUGGCUGGGAGAGGGGCUGCUGCUGAGUGAUGGGCAGCGCUGGGCGCGGCACCGGCGACUCCUGACGCCCGCCUUCCAUGGCGAUGUGCUCCGGAAUUACCUGGGAAUCUUCAACCAGAGCACCCGCGUGCUGCUCGCCAAGUGGGCGGCAGCAGCAGAGGCAGCUGGUGGGGGGCCAGUGGAGUUGGAGGUGCUGCAGCCCCUGAGCCUCCUCACCCUGGACACGCUCCAGAAGUGCAUCUUCAGCCACGAGAGCCACUGCCAGGAGCAGCCCAGUGAGUACAUCCAGGCCAUCCUGGAGCUGAGCUCGUUGGUGGUCCGGCGCCAAUUCCAGCCACUUCUCCACCCCUGGUGGCUCUACAGCCUCUCCUCUGAUGGCCGGCGCUUCGCCCGUGCCUGUGCCACGGUCCACACCUUCACUGCUGAUGUGGUGCAGCGCCGGCGCCAGGCACUCGCCUGCCUGGGCCACCAGGCCCGGCUGGAUGGCCACCAGGGACACAGCAUGGACUUCAUCGACCUCCUGCUGCUCACCAAGGACGAGAAUGGCCACACCCUGUCGGACGAGGACAUCGCGGCUGAGGCUGACACCUUCAUGUUUGAGGGCCAUGACACCACGGCCAGUGGCCUGGCAUGGCUCUUCUUCAACCUGGCCGGCCAUCCUGAGCACCAGGAGCGAUGCCGCCAGGAGGUCCAGGAGCUCCUGGCUGGCCGGGACACUGCAGACAUUGAAUGGGAGGACCUGUCCCAGCUGCCCUUCACCACCAUGUGCAUCAAGGAGAGCCUGCGGCUGCACCCUCCUGUCACUGCUGUGUCCCGGCGCUGCACCGAGGACAUCCCCCUGCGCGAUGGCCGUGUCAUCCCCAAGGGGGUCAUCUGCCUGAUGAGCAUCUACGGGACCCACCACAACCCAGACCUCUGGCCCGAGCCUGAGGUGUUCAAUCCUCUGAGGUUCAGUCCGGAGAACAGCAAGGAACGGUCCCCGUCAUCCUUCAUCCCCUUCUCUGCUGGCCCCAGGAACUGCAUUGGGCAGAGCUUUGCCAUGGCUGAGAUGAAGGUGGUAGUGGCAUUGACACUGUCCCGGUUUGUGCUGCGGAGAGGCAACGCGAGGCCACCCCCGCGCCGCAAGCCCGAGCUGAUCCUGCGUGCCGAGGACGGGCUCUGGCUGCUGCUGGAGCCACUGGUGGGAGGGCCUGAGUGACACGGGUCACCAGGACAUGGGGACAUCCUGUAAGGUGGGUGUCACAGCCAGGGGAGGAGCAGGGAAUAAAAUGGUAGCAUGAAAGGGACAGUAUCAUGGUGGUGGUAGGGAUGUGUUGUCCUUGGCCGUGGGACACUCCAUCACAUGGACAUGUCAACCCAUGGACUUGUCCUCUAGGCCACUUGUGUUGCCAUCCAUGGCCAUGUCCCCCAUGUCCUCAUCCAUGGCCAUAGAGCCCCAUGUCACCAUCUCUGGUGACACCGCCUCCCAUGCCCUAUAUCGCCAUCCACAGCCAUGUCCGCACCCAUGUCCUUGUCCCUGUCCCCAUCCCUACCAUGUCCCCCAAUGUCACUAUCCAUGUCUUAGUUGAAUGUCUUUAUUUUACCCCAAUGUUUGGGUGAAGGGAUGAAGAAAAAUGAAGGAAAAUCAAAGCCAAAAUAAAA